UGCUGCUGCAGUUGAGUUCACUUCUUGCCCGCGUUGUAGUUUCGGACGAAACAAGAAAUUAAACAAAAAUGUUUAUCGCUUAUUAUUUCGGAGUAUUAAUUUGUUGGAUGGUUCUGUGUCACGCCGCAGUUUUAAGAAAAACUGAUGAACUAGAUGACGAAUUAUCUGCAUUCCGAAAUAAAUUUGUGCGAAACAAAACUACUGCGGAAAUUGAGCAGGAAAAAGGGAAGGACUUCUGGAGAGCUAGUGCCAUAAAGGCUCUCAAUGACAGGCUACAUCAGAAACUUAAUUUAAAUCCGGCCAAGAACGUGAUACUCUUUCUAGGAGAUGGUAUGUCAAUACCUACCAUCGCCGCCACGAGAGUGUACUUGGGUGGUGAAGAAAUGCACCUGUCGUUCGAGAACUUCCCUUACACCGGUAUAUCUAAAACAUAUUGCGUCGAUCAUCAAACCGCCGAUUCCGCUUGUUCAGCGACUGCGUUCCUGGGUGGGGUCAAAGCCAACUUGGGCACCGUCGGUGUGACAGCAGCGGUCGAAAAGAAAAACUGUACCGCCAUGAAUUUACCGGAGAACCAAGUGGACUCGGUCGCCAAGUGGUUCCAAGAGUGUGGCAAGCGCACUGGAUUUGUCACCACAACUAGGGUGACACAUGCCACACCAUCAGCUCUAUACGCACACAGUGCCGAAAGACAUUGGGAGGUCGAUACUGACGUCAUUAACGACGGUAGAAAUUCAUCUAUUUGUUCAGACAUCGCAUACCAAUUAGUGUUCGGCGGUACUGGACGAAAACUGGAUGUUAUUAUGGGUGGUGGAAGGCAGUUAUUCUUGCCCAUGGAAUGGACCGACGAAGAAGGGUUCGCGGGGAAGCGGUCGGACAAGUUGAAUCUGAUAGACGAGUGGAUGAACCAGAGACAAGGGCUCGGAGCAAAGUUCGAAUACGCUUGGAACAGAGCUCAGCUCCUCAAUGUUUCGAACGAUACGCAAUAUCUUCUAGGGUUGUUCGAACCGCAACACAUGCAGUACAACCUCAUGCGUAACAUAGAAACCGACCCCUCAUUGGAAGAAAUGACAGAGGCAGCUAUUAAAGUUUUGAACAAAGGUGACAGCGGAUUUUUCUUGCUUGUCGAGGGAGGAAGAAUCGACACCGCCCAUCAUUCCAGUUGGGCGCACAAGGCACUAGAUGAGACUGCAGAGUUUUCCAAGGCCAUAGCCAAAGCAGUGGAACUAACUAAUGAAGAAGACACACUUAUAGUAGUGACAUCGGACCACGCUCACACUAUGAGCUACGCGGGUUACGCUGCUAGAGGUAGUGACGUUUUCGGCUACGCAGGAACUGCGAGCGAUGACAAGUACUAUUCGAUUUUAAACUACGCAAAUGGUCCGGGAUAUAAACCAAUGAGCGACUUGGGGGAUAGAUACGUGCCCAGUGAAGAGGAAAUGAAUGACGUCCACUUCAGUUUUCCGUCAACUACCCCAAUGAAAUCCGAAACCCACGGCGCUGACGACGUCCCUAUUUAUGCUAGAGGUCCUUGGGCUCACCUGUUUACCGGUGUCAUGGAGGAGAACGUUAUUCCAUAUCUUAUGGCAUACGCGGCUUGUUUAAGUAGGGGCGCUGAAUGUGGCAGUUAUCUUAAGAAACUGCGGGUCUAAGUGUGUAGAUAGUAGGUUUUUCGUAAUGGAAAGUUACAGAUAUUUUCCGUGAAAAUUCCGUUUUCAAUUAAGCACGUUGGUGGAGAUGCGUUGCUCUGGCAUUCAUAAAAAAUGAGAACAGUUUGUCAUGGAAACCAUGUCAAGUUCUCCGUUGGAGAUGAGCAUCCUGCCUUUCGCGUUGACUGUGAUAUUAUACGAUACUUUUCUAUUGUGGGUAGUUAUAUUAUAUUAUAUUUUCAAUUCUAGUGCAUGGAUAAUGUUGUAUAACCGUGUAAUUCAAGAGAGAUAAUA